UUUGGUGAAAAUAUGCUUACUGCAUAACAGUUGAUGAAACCUCUGCAGGAAUCUUUUUGCAGUAAUUUCACGGUUCUACUUCCUCAUUCCCUUUCCUUGUCCUAAGACAAUAAAUAUCUCAACUUAAUACCUUCUCUCUUGUGAUAAUUUUCAGGAACUAAAGCCGAGAGGCAAGGAGUAUGGAGGUAGUCAUAGAAGAGCUGGGAUCGAGUCAGAUCAGGACUCCCCACCUAGAAAGGUGCAUACUCACAGGAGAGCUGUUGUAUUUGAUAGUGAUGAAGACUGAGAAGAUGAAUGAAUGCUAGAUGGGUAAGUUACAUUUACUUGCUUGCGACGUCUUCAUUUAUGCUACAUCCUUUUGAUUCCUUCGUUGUGCUGCGAAUUGUGCACCCAAGAUAAUCCUGCCUCUAUCUGUAGUUGAGGAGUAGUGAUUGUGUAGUAAGUGGUUUUGAGAACUGAGAUUGAUAUAGUGAAUGUGGUAUAAUUGUGUCGUUCAAUAUCAGAAUUGUGAAUGCAAUCUCUUGGCUACAAAUUAUGUUGACGGCUGUGUUUGUGAAAGAUCAUAGGUGGUCUUUUUGACGAAAUGAGUAGUCAGUUACUUGCUGGCUUCUUGAAUCUCUUCAUGGUCACUGCAGCGACGCCUGCUGAUACCUUUGAUUCAAAGGAUGGUAGAUCGAUCUUUCAUUUGGGCUCACUGAGGUUUUGGUUUUGGUUUGCAGGCAUGCAGAAAUGUGAUGAAAGCACUUCAGGAAGCUAACUUGGAACUAUCUGCGACAAUUGCUUAAGGAGGAGCUUUGCUAAACUGUCUUCUUUCUGUACAGCUUUCUUCUUCUGAAAUAUUAGCCUCUCCUUGCUCUCUUGAAUUGAAUGGAUCAGUGUGCUUACUGUUCUUCAUAAUUAAGGUUCCCGUUGUUUGUUCCAAUUGUAUACCUUUUGGUUUUUUGAUCACUGAGUCGGCCUAGUCAUAGGCUUGCCCUUCCAUUUUAUAACCUGACUUUCAUUUUUUUUUCUCUCCUUCUGAUUCAUAUGAGCAGACUGCAAUCAUAUAUUAUUUAUAAGGGUGAAAUAAUGUUUUUAUUCUUAGGUGCUAUUCCAUCAUUAGACCAAGCUUGGCUUUUUCGGAGUGAAUUGGCCUUGACAGUUGAUAUUGAAGAUUAUGGGAAAAUACGAGAGUUGGUUAACAAACAAUAGAGAACUAGAUCAACGAGUAUCUGCCCUAGUGGGUAACAUUUCCUUGAUGCUUCAACUAUCUUGGCUAAAAGAAAAUUGGGCAGGUAAUAAUUGGUUAGCGGAUCGAUUGGAAUUUUGAAUCAAAAUGCUGCAUUCUUUUGUUAUGUGGUAUUUCAGUUUGAAAUAUGAUAAUUGGUGUAUUUCAUCACUUCAAGAAGGGAUGAAAAGAAUAAGUUAUUUCAAUUGCCUCAUGGACAAAAUAUUAUAUUCCAUUCUAUUUUUGCCUAACGAGUUAUUUCAAUUGAAGUAACUCUUUAGAAAUAUCUCAUCAAAUAUUGCAUCCAAACUAUCCGUAGUAGUUACAUUGGAUACUUUAGAACACAAAUGACACAUUCUUGAUAAUUUCGGUUUGGGCUGAGCAACAGAAUCUACACAUGUGGACAUUCGAUAUGGAUGAUGGAGUUAGAUUCGGGAUCGCCACUACUAACCACGUUGAAUGUAUAAUUGGAGUGUACAAGGGCCUUCGAGCUAUGUAUGUUCAACAAUAAUGGAGAUGACCUACUGGAGGGCCAACGAGUGGUCUGUUAAAGUUAUUAAUGAGAGAAAAAGCAAAUUAGAAUUUAUUUUCCCUCCCCCCUUGAGAUCGUGUGUAGCUGCCCUUCACAUAUAUAUAUAAAUAAAAUAAAUAGAGCUCCUCCCCGAAGAAGAAGAAGAUAGAUCUAUUCUUAACCGAUCACCUUACCUACCACUCUCAUUUCAUUCUGUCUUGUAGUUAGUUACUCCCCGGCCCUCGUUCUUCCCUUCUCUUCUCCUACUUACCCGUCUGGCCUAGCCGACAGUUUUGAACUCCACCUCCUGAUUUAUUUCUUAUCCCAGACGAUCCUAGAAUUUCAUCUAUUUACAAUUUGCACCCCUUGGCCACAUUCCUUAUAAAUCUCUAUCUCCUCCUCUUACCAUAACAAUAUCAGCAACAAACGUUUGUUAAGCAGAUCGAGCACCCCCCAACACCAAACAGUCAAAAAAAAAAAAAAAAAAAAAAACAAAUUAGCUAGCAUGGCUUCCCCGACGGCGAUCGUCUCCGGCCUUGCCUUGGCCACCUUCGUCUACUUCCUCCUCACCAAGCUCUUCCUCGUCGGCGGGCGAGGGCAGAAGCCUCUACCGCCGGGGCCUACGCCGUGGCCGAUCGUCGGAAACCUUCCCCACUUGGGCCCGAUCCCUCACCACUCCAUCGCCGCCCUAGCCCGCAAGUACGGCCCGCUCAUGUACCUCCGGCUGGGCUUCGUCGACGUGGUGGUGGCCGCCUCCGCCUCCGUGGCGGCCCAGUUCCUCAAGAUCCACGACGCCAACUUCUCCGACCGGCCCCCCAGCUCCGGCGGCAAGUACAUCGCAUAUAAUUAUCAGGACAUGGUGUUUGCACCCUACGGCCCACGCUGGCGGUUGCUCAGGAAAGUCAGCGCCGUCCAUCUCUUCUCCGCCAAGGCCCUGGAUGAUUUUAGACACGUCCGGCAGGCUGAAGUAGCGGGCCUGAGCCGAGCAUUAGCGAAUGGAGGUAAGGCGGCGGUGCAACUUGGGCAGGUGCUUGGCGUGUGCACAGCAAAUGCGCUGGGCAGGGUGCUGGUGGGUCGGAGAGUGUUCGGAGACAUUACCGGCGGCAUCGACCCCAAGGCGGAUGAGUUCAAGGCAAUGGUGGUGGAGUUGAUGGUUCUGGCUGGCGUUUUCAACGUUAGCGAUUUCGUCCCAGCCCUCGAAUGGCUGGACUUGCAGCGGGUUGCGGCUAAGAUGAAGAAUCUUCACCUCCGACUCGACACCUUCCUCAGCCACAUCCUGGAGGAACACGGCAAGACUACUGCCCACAAUCCCUCUGCUCAGCCACACCUAGACUUCUUGACUUCCCUAUCUUCCUUGAAGCAGCUUGACGACGGAGAGGGGCCCAAGCUCACAGACACCGAAAUCAAAGCCUUGCUUCUGAACAUGUUCACGGCCGGAACGGACACGUCAUCAAGCACAGUUGAAUGGGCCGUAGCAGAGCUAAUCCGACAUCCAAAUAUCCUUGCCCAACUCCAAAACGAACUGGACUCGGUGGUGGGGCGAGACCGUCUAGUGAGCGAACAAGACAUCCCCAACUUGCCUUACCUCCAAGCCGUCAUCAAGGAGACCUUCCGUCUCCAUCCCUCCACUCCUCUCUCUCUUCCUCGUUUGGCAGCCCAAAGCUGUGAGAUCAACGGCUACCACAUCCCCAAGGGUGCCACACUCCUCGUCAAUGUCUGGGCCAUAGCCCGCGAUCCGGAGGUAUGGUCUGACCCAUUAAGGUUCGACCCGGGGAGGUUUUUGCCCGGAGGGGAUAAGCCCGGCGUGGACGUCAAGGGUAGUGACUUCGAACUCAUCCCGUUCGGGGCGGGUCGGAGGAUAUGCGCGGGCAUGAGUUUGGGUCUACGGAUGGUUCAGCUGAUGACGGCGGUGCUAGUCCAUGCCUUUGAUUGGGAGCUAGCCGACGGUGUUGUGCCGGAGAAGCUCAACAUGGAUGAGGCUUAUGGGCUCACGCUGCAGCGUGCCGUUCCGCUGAGUGUGCACCCUAUCCCCAGGUUGCCUCCACCGGUUUACGAAUCUUAUGUUGACAAUUCUUAAUGCUACCUACCUAAACAAUAAUUUACUAGUUUAUGUACUCAAUUGAUCUCUCUCUCUCUUUCUUUCUUUCUUUUGUUCUAUAUAUUGGUGAUUGAAUUGUCUAUCACUCUUAUCUCGUUAAAUUAUAACCGUUUUUAUAAAUCCUUAUUGUCAGAGAUCACGAGACGAGUUAGGAUGAUUACUAUUUUUUUAGGAACCAUCGCGGCUACCUACAUCUGUACCAUUCAUUUUCAAUAUUUAUAAACUAACCGUUAGGAU